AGUAGCGAAUGCAUUCAUUCAUUUAGUAAAUAUUUUUGGAGCGCCUCUUGUGUUCCAGGCGUUUCUUUAUGCUCUGGGGCCGUAGCAGUUGUCCAUGCAUCCUUCAAGUGUUUUAAUCAGUAUAACAAUCUUGUGAGGGAGGCCGACCUGGUGUGGUCUCUGUCUACAAAUAAGGAGGUGGAGACCCAAAGAAAGAAAUUCACAGGGACAUUCCAUGUGUAUAGCUACACAUCUCUCCUGACAGAAGAUGAAUUGAAUCUUCUAGUAAUCAUAGUUGAUACCAACCCAAUUUGGUGGGGAAAGCAAGCAUUAAAAGAAUCUCAGUUUACUUUAUCAAAAUGCAUAGAUGCAGUGAUGGUGCUAGGAAAUUCUCAUUUAUUCAUGAAUCGCUCCAACAAACUUGCUGUCAUAGCAAGUCACAUUCAAGAAAGUCGAUUCUUAUAUCCUGGAAAGAAUGGCAGACUUGGAGACUUCUUUGGAGACCCUGGCAACCCUUCUUCUGAAUUUAAUCCCUCAGGAAGUAAAGAUGGAAAAUACGAGUUGUUGACAGCAGCAAAUGAUGUUAUUGUUGAAGAGAUCAAAGAUCUAAUGACCAAGAGUGACAUAGAGGGUCAACAUACAGAAACUCUGCUGGCGGGAUCCCUCGCCAAAGCUCUCUGCUACAUUCAUAGAAUGAACAAGGAGGUUAAAGAUAAUCAGGAAAUGAAAUCAAGGAUAUUGGUGAUUAAGGCUGCAGAAGACAGUGCGUUGCAGUAUAUGAACUUCAUGAAUGUCAUCUUUGCAGCACAGAAGCAGAAUAUUUUGAUUGAUGCCUGCGUUUUAGACUCCGAUUCAGGACUUCUGCAACAGGCUUGUGAUAUCACGGGGGGACUGUACUUGAAGGUGCCUCAGAUGCCCUCCCUCUUGCAGUAUUUACUGUGGGUUUUUCUUCCUGAUCAGGAUCAGAGAUCUCAGUUAAUCCUCCCACCCCCGAUUCAUGUUGACUAUCGGGCUGCUUGCUUUUGUCAUCGAAAUCUCAUUGAAAUUGGCUAUGUCUGUUCUGUGUGCUUGUCAAUAUUCUGCAAUUUCAGCCCUAUCUGCACUACAUGCGAGACAGCCUUUAAGAUUUCUCUACCGCCCGUACUGAAGGCCAAGAAAAAGAAACUGAAAAUGUCCUCAUGAUAGUAAAAAUUUUUUCUCCAUCAUGUAGAGCUGUUAGUAGAUAUUGUGUGGCAGAAUCUUUGUUAGGAAGAUUCUGGGAAAAAAAAAAAAAGAUAUGUGUAAGGUAAUUUUAAUGAACUUUACUAUUGGACAUAUUUAUAAAACAUCAUCCUUAUCCUGUGCUUCUGGGGGCCUGAUUUGAGGGAGUCAUUCUAUGCAAUAUAUCCUAAAAUCUCUUCUGACUGGUUUUUGUCCAGAAAGAGGGAAAAAAGCACAAAUUUGUAAUUUUUUUUUUUCUUCAGUGAGAUGACUGUCAAAGCUAGUCUGUCCUUACUGAUUGUAGGUGUCAAAACCUAUUACCCAAGUCUAGGUUCUUCCUGUGAAAUGUAUGAUGUGAAAUUUGAGCACAGUUUUGGAAAAAGUGACUAUUUAUGGAAGAGUGGUGUUAAUCAAGAUAGAACAGGUUACUUGAGUUAACAGUUGACUUCCACAAUAGUCACCUAAAUAAAACCCUUAUCAUCU